UGCGAAGGCAGCGUGGACGUUAAGAGGUGGGGUUAAACGAGACGUUCUUCUGCUCGUUCGUGUCUUGAACGUUCUUCAUCCUACUUUGACAUCGUAGUCCGGUCGACGGACAAAAAAGUAUAAAAAAUGGCCCUAUUGUCCCUUCGUCUGGCUGCCUCUGUGGCAAGACAACUGCCAAACGCCACUGUACAGAUUAAAUAUCCAGCGACUGGAAUUGCUUCACGUAAAUAUCAUGUCUCAUGCAGUAGAAGAUCUGCUGAAAUUUCUGCAAUUUUGGAGGAACGUAUUCUUGGUUCUGCACCAAAGGCAAACUUGGAAGAAACUGGACGUGUCUUGAGUAUUGGAGAUGGUAUCGCUCGUGUUUACGGUCUUAAGAAUAUUCAGGCCGACGAGAUGGUGGAAUUCAGUUCUGGAUUAAAGGGAAUGGCCUUGAAUUUGGAACCCGAUAAUGUUGGUGUUGUCGUAUUCGGUAAUGAUAGGCACAUUAAGGAAGGAGAUAUUGUCAAACGUACCGGAGCAAUUGUCGAUGUGCCAGUUGGUGAACAAUUAUUGGGACGUGUUGUCGAUGCCCUGGGUAAUCCCAUUGACGGCAAGGGACCACUUAACAAUAAACUUCGUUUCCGUAUUGGUACCAAGGCCCCUGGUAUCAUUCCUAGGGUGUCUGUCAGGGAGCCUAUGCAAACCGGUAUCAAGGCUGUCGACUCUUUGGUGCCAAUUGGUCGUGGUCAGCGUGAGUUGAUCAUUGGCGACAGGCAAACUGGAAAGACUGCUCUUGCCAUUGAUACAAUUAUCAAUCAGAAGCGUUUCAAUGACGGUGGCGAGGAGAAGAAAAAAUUGUACUGUAUAUACGUCGCCAUCGGUCAGAAAAGAUCAACCGUUGCACAAAUUGUGAAACGUUUGACCGACAGUGGAGCCAUUGGUUACACUAUUAUUGUAUCGGCAACAGCUUCCGAUGCCGCUCCUCUGCAGUACUUGGCGCCAUACUCCGGCUGUGCCAUGGGAGAAUUCUUCAGAGAUAAUGGAAAGCACGCUUUGAUCAUCUAUGACGAUUUGUCGAAACAGGCUGUGGCUUAUCGUCAAAUGUCUUUGUUACUGAGACGACCCCCAGGUCGUGAGGCCUAUCCAGGAGAUGUGUUCUAUCUUCACUCGCGUCUCCUUGAGAGAGCGGCUAAAAUGAACGAGUCACUUGGUGGUGGUUCGUUGACCGCCUUGCCAGUCAUUGAAACACAAGCCGGUGAUGUGUCUGCUUACAUUCCCACCAAUGUCAUUUCCAUCACUGACGGACAAAUCUUCUUGGAAACUGAAUUGUUCUACAAGGGUAUCCGACCUGCCAUCAACGUCGGUUUGUCUGUCUCCCGUGUAGGAUCUGCUGCCCAGACCAAGGCCAUGAAGCAGGUCGCCGGUUCCAUGAAAUUGGAGUUGGCCCAAUAUCGUGAGGUCGCCGCCUUCGCCCAGUUCGGUUCCGAUUUGGACGCCGCAACACAACAACUUUUGAAUCGUGGUGUUCGACUCACUGAACUUUUGAAACAGGGACAAUAUGUGCCCAUGGCCAUUGAAGAACAAGUCACUGUUAUCUACUGCGGUGUCCGCGGCUACCUCGACAAAAUGGAUCCCGCUAAAAUUACCGCCUUCGAGAAAGAAUUCCUCGCCCACAUUAGGUCGACGCAAAAAGACCUCUUGGCAACGAUCGCAAAGGAGAAUACAAUCAGUGAAUCAUCAGACGCAAAAAUGAAGAAACUCGUCACUGACUUCUUGGCGGGAUUCAAUGCAUAAGAAAAUCACUCGCUUUAAGGCCAGAGGCGUCUUUAGAUCAAGUUAUCGAGAGUCGAAGAAUCCGCGUUAUUGAAGAUUCAAGUAUAAAGUGACGCACUUAAAAGAAAAAAAAAAUUACCCGAAUGAUGUUCAUUCGCAAUAAACGCGUCAUGUUUAUACUCCCAAAAAAAGAUGUCAUUCAAAAGCAAUUCCAUUUACGAACGAUACAAAGAAAACACAACACAAUAGUCCAACAUAUUAUUGAUACGUUAACAGUUGGUUCUUUAAUAAAAAAGAAUUAAAAAUA